CCGAGCGGGGUCGGGCCGCCUCCCCGAUGCUGCGGGGGCGACCUUGAGCGCGCCCGGCUUCCUCGGCUGGGAUCCCGACCCCGCGAACGCUGUGCCCGGUCCUGCCCUCUCCAGCCCGGCUCGCCCUGCCUUCCGACAUGGAGGGGGCCGCUGCUCCCGCGGCCCGGGACGGCCCCGACUUGCGGCCGGGGGCUCCGGGCUCUCCCCCGGAGGUGGUGGCGGGGGCGACUGCAGCCCCGGCGGCGGCGGCCCCCGAGCCCAGGAAGCCGCACGGGGUGAAGCGGCAUCACCACAAGCACAACUUGAAGCACCGCUACGAGCUGCAGGAGACCCUGGGCAAAGGCACCUACGGCAAAGUCAAGAGGGCCACCGAGAGGUUCUCGGGCCGAGUGGUUGCUAUAAAAUCCAUUCGUAAGGACAAAAUUAAGGAUGAACAAGACAUGGUUCACAUCAGACGAGAGAUUGAGAUCAUGUCAUCCCUCAACCAUCCUCAUAUCAUCAGUAUUUAUGAAGUGUUUGAGAACAAAGAUAAGAUUGUGAUCAUCAUGGAGUACGCAAGCAAGGGGGAGCUGUACGAUUACAUCAGCGAGCGGAGACGCCUCAGCGAGAGGGAGACCAGACACUUCUUCCGGCAGAUUGUCUCCGCUGUGCACUAUUGUCACAAGAAUGGUGUGGUCCACCGGGAUCUGAAGCUGGAAAACAUCCUGCUGGAUGACAACUGCAAUAUUAAGAUUGCUGACUUUGGGCUUUCCAACCUGUACCAGAAGGACAAGUUCUUGCAAACAUUUUGUGGGAGCCCACUCUACGCUUCUCCUGAGAUUGUCAAUGGAAGACCUUACCGGGGGCCAGAGGUGGACAGCUGGGCCCUGGGUGUGUUGCUUUACACUCUCGUUUAUGGAACAAUGCCCUUCGAUGGUUUUGAUCACAAAAACCUCAUUCGGCAGAUCAGCAGUGGAGAGUACCGGGAGCCCACGCAGCCGUCAGACGCUCGAGGACUCAUUCGGUGGAUGCUGAUGGUGAACCCCGACCGCCGGGCCACCAUCGAGGACAUUGCCAACCACUGGUGGGUGAACUGGGGUUAUAAGAGCAGCGUCUGUGACUGCGACGCCCUCCACAACUCUGAGUCCCCGCUCUUGGCUCGCAUCAUUGAUUGGCACCACCGGUCCACGGGGCUGCAGGCUGAGGCCGAUGCCAAAAUCAAGGGCCUGGCCAAACCCGGCGCCUCUGAGGUCAUGCUGGAGCGCCAGCGGUCACUGAAGAAGUCCAAGAAAGAGAAUGAUUUCGCGCAGUCUGGCCAGGACCCGAUGCCGGAGAGCCCGAAUAAGCUGACUUCCAAGAGGCCCAAAGGGAUCCUGAAGAAGCGGAGCAACAGCGAGCAUCGCUCCCACAGCACGGGCUUCAUCGAAGGUGUGGUGAGCCCCGCCUUACCGUCUGCUUUCAAGAUAGAGCCCGACGUGUGCCGGACCGGGGUGGCCGUCCCCAGCUCCCCCGAGGCCGACGUGCCCGGCAAGCUCAGCCCCAAGCAGUCGGCCACCAUGCCCAAGAAGGGCAUCCUCAAGAAGACGCAGCAGCGAGAGUCGGGUUACUACUCGUCGCCGGAGCGCAGCGAGUCCUCGGAGCUGCUGGACAGUCAGGACGGGCCGGGCAGCGGCCUCCCUUCCCCCAGCCCCCCAGACCCCGCCCGGGGGCCCGUCCUCGGCCUCUCCUGCCGCAGGAAGGGCAUCUUGAAACACAGCAGCAAGUACUCGGCGGGGAGCACGGACCCGGCCCUCGCCAGCCCCGAUGUGCCCACACUGGAAUCCUUGCUGGAGCCCGGCGCGCCCCCCGAGGGCCUCUCCCGGAGCUACAGCCGGCCCUCCAGCGUCAUCAGCGAUGACAGCGUCCUGUCCAGCGACUCCUUCGACUUGCUGGAUUUGCAGGAGAACCGGCCGGCCCGCCAGCGCCUGCGCAGCUGCGUGUCCGCGGAGAACUUCCUGCAGAUCCAGGACUUCGAGGGGCUCCAGAACCGGCCGCGACCCCAGUACCUGAAGCGGUACCGGAACCGGCUGGGAGACAGCAGCUUCUCCCUCCUCAUGGACAUGGACGAUGUGACUCAGGUCUACAAGAAAGCGCUGGAGAUCUGCAACAAGCUUAACUAGCUGCCCGGGGCGGGGCUGGGUUGUGGGUGGGCUCGGGGAGGAGCGGGACCCAUGACCCUGUGCGAGCGGGCUGGGUACCUCUUUGCUGGCAGCGACCAUGGACUGAAGAAACGGCUCAGUGCCGUCAUGCUCGGCCAAGUUUGCCUGCUUGAGCCGGCACCUAAAAGGGAGAAGUGGGCGCUCCGCCAGCCCUGCCAACUGCCAUUCUGAAUUGGGGUCCUAAUUGGCAUUUACUUUGUGGCACCUCCGAGAGGACCAGCUGUCCAGGGGAGGUGGUUUUGGCCAGCACGAAGAGGAUGGGGAGGAAGCAUAUGGGAAAGGGAACGGAUCCCUAAAAGUCAUCCAAACGCUUCUGGAGGAGGGACAGAGAGGCUGGGGCCAUCUGCCUUGGGUGAGCUCAGACUUCACUGCUUCCCUCCUUGCACUAGCAGGCUUGGUCUGACUGCAUGGGGUUGGCAAGUAGAGUUCAGCCACGUGAACUUGAAUGGGUGAUUGACUGAUAAUGGCUGCUGGGUGUGCUGGGGGAGAGGCCUGGGCACUGGGGGAAGGAGUGCUGUGACUGAAUAGCAGCGGCUGCCUUGGGCACAGGAAGGGCGCAGUAGCACUCAUGCCAUGCGGUUGCCCUCCUUGAUAGGGCCAAGCCCUUGGAAGUGUUGGGUCGAGGCAUCCUGUGGGAUCUAUGCUUGUCUUUCACGCCCCUAGUGCAGCCUUUGUUAAUUUUCCACUCUACCUUGAAUGGAAGACAAGGCCUCGGUCAGAGAGAGAGUGCUCUGAACACCACUAAGGACUUAAGAGUUGGCCCAUGGUGAUUUUUGGGCUUCUUGCUGUCUGCCUCUUCUUUCCUGAUGUCUGCCUUGCUCCUCAGCACAACCUCCCGAGGAUGGACAGGGAAAAACCUGGUGGUGUCAGAGGUCAAAACUCUGGUGUGUAACAGAGCUAGGGACCCUCUGUGGUCUCUGCACAGAUGAAUGGAAAUCGAUCCACACCAGCAAAGGGACAACUUGUUGAUUUCUUUAACAUCUCAUCAUUAACUGGAAUGCUGCCUCUUGGGUUCUUACCUGCAUGAUUCAGAUGUGAUGCUGUCCACAGUCUCCAAAAGAGUAACUGGCUCAACCAUUUACCCUGUUUACUAACAGCAGACGGUUUCCCAUCCACCAAGUGUAGAAUCUGCAGGGGCAGGCGAGUUUGCUUCUAGGGAGUUAGUGUGUAGCUGGGAUAUUUGGAUGAGGAAAAGAAAGGUAGGCAGAAGGUGCUCCCCCUGUAUCUAGGUUUUCUGUCAUGGGUUUGAAGUCCUAGGCUUUGGGGGAAAAGAAAGUUCCACCCAUUUAAAUGAAUAAGGUGUUGAAAGAGGAGAGUGGGUUGGGAGGAAAUGUACAGAAAAGGGAACAUUUCCUCAGAAGCUAUCCAGAUGGUUCUGGAGGUAGGCAGGAAAGAGGUAUAGCAGGACUUCUUAUCAUAAAAAGUAACAUAACUAGGGAUUUAACUUCUAGACACCCAGAUUAUAGGUGAUAAGAUGUUAGUCCCACAAUGGGACAUCUUCAGAUACUGGGUUUAGAAUUCAUGAUCUCAUUGGGGAAUUUGGGAUGACUUCAGAGCCUACUGGCCUGGGCAAAUUGAAAGCCUUGUUUCAAGAUGGUCAACCUCUGGUAGCCACAAAGAUAGAUAAGGAAGACUAGUUUUGGGGGGUAUUUUGGGGUAAACCAACAGACAGUAGCUUAUAGGGAGAUGCGAAAGAAUUCACCUGAAGGCAAUCCUUGGAGUGAAACUGCCCUUUCCUUAAGGAGGUGGCUCCAUUUCUCCCCCUUGCCACCAGCUCUGGGGAUGUGGCUUGUGCAUUUUUUCAGGUUGAGCUGCGCAGGGUGUUAUGGGAAGCAUCUCUGUUUUCUUUCAAUUCCACCUUCUUCCUGAGCUCCAAUAUAGGUUCAAAGGGAAAAAAAAAUCUAGAUAGCAAAUUAUGUGUGGGGAAUAUGUGGGUGCAUGGGGGGGGGGGCAUCUCACAACCUCUGGGCUCCCCAUGCCUUGUCUCAUUUUUAUGUAAUUUGUUCUGGACAGACUGUCCUGCCACACUGCUGGUCCCUCAUGCGUGGUAGCUGGCCUAGUUGGUAGCUGUGCAUAUGCCUAAGGUAUAACACCAACCUACUGGUUGAUGUGUUUUUUUUUCCUUUUGCCAAGUGAUCCUAUCUGUUUAAUACUUGCCAUCCUUCUAAAAUGACACUAUUAAGGAAAAUCACUCUACUUCUCAUCUUUCUCUCCACAGAAUACCCCACACAUGCAUGUUCUCUUUUGUCAAUAAACCCAGACAGUGGACUGUGGCAAAGACAGUCUUCCACUUCGAGGCAGAAGUUCUGAGUUGAAUCCUGGUGCGCUGCUAACCAGCUGCUGGUCUGAGGCACCUGCAGUAUCUUGGAGCCGUAGGUUUCCCUUUAUUGAGGGCUGGAGGGGUGGCCUAGCUCGUCUCUCAGGCCCUGCCUGGUUCUGACAUUCUGCUAACAUUCUCUGAUUCUAGAUGCCAUGUUGACUGGCCUUUUAAGGAAAAGCCUGGAAUAGAGAGAAAAGCCCUGACAUGCAGCUUCCCUGCUUCGUGAUUAAGUCCUAUCAUCCCUACCAGCCAAUCCCCAACCAAGAAAGUCAUGCUUAAUUCAUUUCCAUGGAAUUACAAGUGAGAGACACUCUUAUGACCCGGUGGACCAAGCAGGAGAUUCCACAUUAGCUCUCCUGGUCCUUUCCUGGCCUCCAAGGGCCUCUCUGUGUCUUAGUUUACAGAUCUGCCAAAGGAGUAGAACUAUACUUCUUUUGUACUGGUAAAUUUUAAGGCAUGAUCAGUUUUCAGGAUGUGCUUCAAGACCCUGGGUGAAAUGAAACAUCUAAGUGCUCCCUGACUUUCCAUCCCUGUUAAAAGGUGCUGCUUCUUCAGAUGAUGGGGAGCGCUUUUCAGGGGGAAAUUCAGGGGAAUGUCGCCAUGGCCUGGUCUUGAGUACAAAUGUGAAUGAUCGACUGCUUAUUGCCAAACUGGAAAUGUUCUGUAGGGAUUUACUGGCAUGGUAUCAUUCCUAGAAGAAAAAAAAAAAAAAGAGAGAGAGAGAAACUUGACUGCACAUUUUUUUUUUUUAAAUCCGUGUUGUGACUUUUAUUUAAUUUCUAUUUUUUUUUUUUGGUAAUAAAAAGUUGACUUUUUUAUUUGAAUUUGUCUUUUUUUAUUUAUUGGUCUGAAAGGCAUUUCAAAGGUAUUAUAAUAAUAUAUUGGUGUAAUUUAAUUGGUGCAACAUGCUUUAUGGCUCUGGUCAAAAUUGGUUUUCGGUCAUUUGAUUGGUUUGAGCCCAGAACAGCCGACGGGGGGGGAAAAGCUGGAUAACCACCCAAAGUGUUUGUAUUUUCAUUGGAAACUGAUUUUUGUUUUGUUUUUCUUUUUUUUGUUGUUGUUUUGUUUCCAUUUUUAUUUUUAAAUUAAAUAAAUUGCAAUGAACUGAA